GCUGCGCGGCUGGGGGUCGGUGUUUUUGCGAGCGCACCGUUGCAGGAAGGGCAGUUGCUGCAGGACUCCCAGCUGCGGGCCAAAAUUGACGGUGUGGAGGAGCUUAUGGUGCUGGGCAACCUUGGCACCAAGCUGCUGCAGAUCAGCCGGAGUACCCCCUACCUCACGACUGCAUUGAUCGGGCACAAAUUGGCAAAGCACGCGGACGCGAAUGUGAGGCUGAUUGCUGUGGAUCCUCUGACCACAGACAAGUUCCAGGAGAUCAUGGCACACAUCAGUGACAGCACCCAGCAAACAAGUGCACAGCGCUGAUGCAUGCAAGAGCACUUUAUAUUCUUAGGCAAGAUGCUAUCUAACGUCGUCAUAAUAAAAUCCACGAUUGACACCAGAUCUGAUUUGGGGGGAAAGUUGAUGAACCAUACUGACCUGCGUGUACAGCGGCAGCUGUAAUAGAUGACAUUUCAGAUCUUUUGCUGCCCUGCUCCUGAUGCAUUUUCUGCUGAGUCAUGCAUGCACAUAGUAGCAGAUGUCUACAGCUUGAAAUGACUCUUUAGUGCUGCUGGAUAAAGUGACUGCUUGACGAGGAGAGUCCUUUAAAAGGAUGUGCAUUCCGGAUCCACCAUUGUAAUCUAGAGACUUUGUAACAUAUCUGAACACC